AUGUCCAUCCAGAUGAAGCUGGACAUCUUCAAAUCUGCGAUGGAAUGCCUGCUAGCAAAAUGCGUUCCUUGCAUUACUGACUGUGUAAUGGCUGAGCUCGAGAAAAUGGGCACGCGACACAGGCUGGCUCUGCGCCUGGCGAAGGAUCCGCGAUUCAAAAGAUUGACUUGCCAGCACAAGGGCAUCUAUGCAGACGACUGUAUCCAUUCGCGCGUCGACCAGCAUCGAUGCUACAUAGUUUGCACCAAUGACAAGGACUUGAAGCGAAGAAUACGAAAGGUUCCCGGAGUUCCGAUCAUGUCCGUCGCCCGUGGCAUGUACAAGAUCGAGCGCGUUCCGGAGCAAAUCGACCGCGUGCCCAUCAAGUCAAAUUGGGGCAAGGACAAGUGA